CAGGCUAGGAUUGAUUGACAGGAGACUCCAUGUCUAGCCUGAAUCGGUCCAUGUACCUCUUGUUGGCGCUUGUCUGUAUAUAUCCCCAUGUGACCUUCACGGGCUUGCUCUCAAGCAGUCCGGCACGCGGUGCUCUAUGUCGACGGGCAAUGGAUUCUGUCUUCAGCAUUGUUCAUCCCAACUUCCAAGGGCGCUUGUCCGAUGAAGCUAAGAGAGCUCGCAUGGACGAGCUGCUGCAAAAGGCAACAGCAAAGGCCGCUGAGGAAGGUUACGUCUUGAGCCGAGAAGCAGAAGACUUUCACAAACGGAAAGGCUGGAGCACCAGGCAAGUGCAACAGUGGUUUGACAAGCAUCAAAACGGUUUGUGGUGUCGACUUCUUUUUUCAGCACGUAAGAAAGGCAACCGGCAAAUGACAGUGAUCACAGCCAAAGUGUGGGAUCAGGAGAUGGAAAUUCACUUGAGCCAAGCAGAUACUAACACCAAGAUAGUGGUUGUGAAAGAUCUGACAAACCUCAAGCUCUUCUGCGCUGUUGCGGGAAUUGGCUACACAAAGACCAUCCCAAAAUAAAUACCGCAAGGGAGACAGGUCCUCAUAGUCCUGGGCAGAAACCUGUCAUGGUAAUUCAGAAGUCCGCUCCCGCAUCAACAGAAUGUGGAUUUAAGCGCAGCCCGUUGUUGAGUGCGUGACAUGGAGUGCCUUGAUCAUCCAAGCCGCACCCUUUUUCUAAGUCUCAGCACCCAACGGAUCCUUGCACUCAAAACGCAAAGUCUACCUCCGGCCAGAGGCUGACCUGUACAGCCCCUAACAGAAACACGCACUGUAAGCAAGGGACAAAUGUAUUAUGGAUAUGUCGUUGGAAGCAUUUAGCCCCU